AUGGAGAAACCUCGGAGUAUUGCUGUAAGGAGCCCUUGGACAGGCGAACUGAACAUGGGAGAAGAAGAAGUGAUCUUCCCGUGGAGAAAGCAAGCCAUCCGCCAUACAGGAAGGUACGCAGCAAACAUCAGAUGCUACAAAAUGGCUGCAGUGGGUCUGUCUGUCCUCAUGCUGGUUGAGAUCAUUACGCUGUGUGUUUGGCACACUAUGGGGAGAGACCCAUUAGACACAUGUAACAACAACCUGACUAUGGAGGAAAACCAGUUAGAAACUAGUGACAACAGCCUCAGUGAUCAGAGAGACCAGCUUCUGACCAGAUACAAUAACCUGACUGUAGAGAGAGACCAGUUACUAUCUAAGUGCAACAACCUGACUGUUGAGAGAGACCAUAUAAAGAAUAGAUACGACAACUUGACUGCAGAGAGAGACCAAUUAGAAGCUAAAUACAAUAACCUGACUACAGAGAGAGACCAGCUGAAAAAGGAGAAAGACAGAGUUCUUCACAAGCUUAACAACCUGAACUUGAAGUAUUUCAGCUCCAGUCAGUAUUUCGUCUCUACUGAGAGAAAAAGCUGGAGCGAGAGCAGACAGGACUGUAUAAAGAGAGGAGCAGACCUGGUCAUCAUAAACAGUGAAGAGGAACAGCAAUUUCUUUCAAGCAUGAAAAUAAGAGCUUGGAUCGGCCUGACUGAUGCAGACGCAGAGGGGACAUGGAAAUGGGUGGAUAAUACUCCAGUGAUCUCUGCAUACUGGAUGCCUGGAGAGCCUAAUGAUCAGAACAAUGAGGACUGUGGAGAAAUAUUAUUAUUACAGGAAGACUCCCUGAUGAACUGGAAUGACUUGCCAUGCGAUCAGAAACAACAAUACGUCUGUGAAAAUGUGACAAAGGCCUUUUGA